AUGACAGAGAUGUUGUAUCAUGAGAAGCAGGUGGCGGGGUUGUGCGCAGUCCACGCGCUCAACACGCUCAUGCAGAACUCUAUAUUCACCGAAAUCGACCUCAUGCAAAUCGCCCACGAAUUCGACCGUCGCGAAAAGGAGGUCAUGAUGGCCAGCGGCAUCGACAGCACCGACUUUCUCAAGUAUAUGGCCGAGGACUCGGGCAACGUGGCAGACGAUGGCAACUACUCCAUCCAGGUGAUCGAGGAGGCGCUCAAGGUGUGGAACCUCACCUGUCACAGCCUGACCAACCCCGACAUGAAGGAAGCCAAAGACAAUCCCCUGCAGGAGCAGGCCUUCAUAUGCAAUCUGGCGAGCCACUGGCUGACGAUCAGAAAGAUUGGGGAGGACUGGUACAACUUCAACAGUCUGUUAGCCGAACCCCAAUACCUGUCGCAGUUCUAUCUCAGUGCAUUCUUGGACACCUUGUUGGAGAAGGGGUACACGAUCCUCUGCGUUCGUGGAUCGCUGCCGGAGCGCCCACGAGGUGUACACCCAGGGAGUCCCAAUUGGGUGGCGGCCAAGCGAGGCCAGCGACCCGCAGCGCAGCUCUCGGAGGAGGAGCAGCUGAUGCAGGCCAUCGCGGCCAGCCUCGCCGGCCCGGAUUCAGGGGCGCCGCCUGCAGCAGCGGUGCAUUCGGCACCCUCGACCCCCGUUCUCCAGCAGCAGCUGCCGCCACUGAUCAUCGGUAGCGACGACGAAGACGACGAAGAUGACGAGCUCAAGCAGGCCAUCGCCAUGUCACUUGCCGAGCACGGCCAGGCCAAGUGA